CCACCUUCGGUCACAUCACAUUUUGUUGUUGUCGCGGUCGGAAAAGUGCACGGAGUGACGGUCGUCGAUUCGUCGAUUUUCCGUUAAAUACAGCAUACAAAUUCCAAAACAAAUGCGCGCACUCGCCGCCGCCGAAAAAGCAGCGCAAUAAGCUAAACGCAAACGCCGUUGUCGCAUUAUUAAAGCUAAAAAAGGAAGCAGAGUGGCAUACAAAAUAAUAUCAUUGCAAAAAAAAGUGAAAUUAAGUGUUUAAAAAAAAGAAAAGAAACCAUAAAAAAACAUGAACAUGACAUGGCCGCGUCUCGUUUACACAAUAACUCAAAAUUAAUUUAAUAUGCUGGCAAAUGAGCAAAGCGAAAAGCAAGCUAAAAGGCUCUGAAUCGCGUAGGAGCUCCUGAACGGCUGCUGUUAUCGCCAUGGCCGCCGCAUCUGCUGGCCAGCAACAGCAGCAACAUCAGCACCAGCACAAGCUGAACAUAGCUGGGAGUGCUGAGACGGUGGUCAGCGGUAUGCACCAUCAGCAGCAACAUCACCAGCAGCAGCAACAGCAGCAGCAGCAGCAUCAGCAUCAACAGAUCAAUAUGUUCAAGCAGCAGCAGCAGCAAAUGUUGCCUUUGCAGCAGCAACAUCAUCAGUUUUUCCAGCAGCAACAGACAAAAUUUGUAUCGCGGGUCGUUACAAGUGCAGCGGUGCAACAGCAGCAACAUCUCCAGCAACAGCAACAGCAGCAGCACCAACAGCAGCAACAGCAACAGAUAUUACCAGCUGGCUUGGUAAGCGGCAAUGGCAGCGGCAACAUGAUGCAAGUGGCAAAUCUGCAUCUGCAGCAGCAGCAGCAGCAACAACAGCAGCGAAACAGUCAGCAGCACAUAUUUGUCUGCCCCACCAGCAACCAGCAACUCCUUCUGCAACAGCAACAACAUCAGCAGCAGCAACAACAGCAACAAACCAAACAGCGCCAGGCGCAAAUAAAGUUGCCAAUAAAGUCAGCGGCAACAACGGGAGUAACGGCAGCAACUGUUGCUGCUGCAACUGCUACUGCUACUGGGGCAACGCAUUGCAUGUCCACAACAACAACAAAUGCGGCGCGUCAAAUGAGCCAGAACAAUCAGCUCUAUGCCAAGAAUGUUGCCAAAGCCAACAAUGCCAGUAGCAAUGGCCAUCACAUCAACAGGAAGACGGCCACCAGCUACAAUGGAAAUUUGGCCCCCGGCUGGCGUCGCCUGACCAACAACAAUGAGGUGGCCUAUAUCAGCCCCUCGGGCAAAACGCUGCGCACGCAGUUCCAGAUCAAGGACUAUCUGCUCACACAGGGUACCUGCAAGUGCGGCCUGCCGUGUCCGCUGCGCCCGGAAUUCCUAUUCGACUUUAAUGCCCAGGUGCCCAACAUGCCGCUCAAGUUGCCAACGGAGGCGUCAACGGCGAUGCCAACACCUUGCCUGCACCAGCGGCGAUUUCUUGAAUCUCAGCAGCUUCAGCUGCCACCGCAGCCAUCCCAAAUGCAACAGCAACAUCUACAGCAGCAACAGCACCAGCAGCAACAGCAACAGCAGCAGCAACAACAGGCUGUCAAAGAUGUAUCUGGAUCUGUAGCCGUAUCCGUAUCUGGGCCAGCAGCUGUCAGCGAUGUGUUCUCCACGCUGAUGACAUCGACGGCGAGAACGACGACAACGGCGACACCAACAGCAGCAACAUCAACAGCAGCAGCAGAACAGGCGGCAACAACCACCACACACGAAAUGGCCAACAAAGACGCUGAUUGCCACAAGUACGGCAAUAACAAAUUACCUGCCUCAAAUCGGACGGCGACCACGACCACGCCCACGCCCACGCCAGCUCCAACGCCCCCGCCUCAGCAUUCAACUAGUCAAGCAUUAGCAUUAGGCGGCGUUCCAGUUGGCGGACACCAGUCCAAGCGUCCAACUGGUGGCCAUGUGAUAAAGCAGCCAGCCUCCGUUCUUGGGCCACCAUCCACGCCGGCCAUGGCUGCCGGUGGAGCGCUCACAGUCAUCCAACAGCAGCAACCCAACUUUAAGGACGAUCCUGCUGGCUAUCUGCAACAGCAAACAGCACUGCUGCAUACCAGCCUUGGAGUCGGUUUGGAUGCAACGAAAACGGCGCCGGGAACUGCCACUGCGAGAGCUCUGCCCCAAGAACCCAUCGUUCACAGCUCGCAGCAGCAGCAACAGCAGCAGCAGCAACAACUGCAGCAACAGCAACAACUGCACCAACAGUUGCAGCGCCAAAAGAUUCGUCGUCUGUCGCUCUUCGGGAAAUGGGAAACGGAUCCUGCACCCGCCACCAGCUCUCAACCAACAAGUGGAACACGAACACUGCAAGUGGAUGCGGCCGCCUUCGCACGCCCCCAGAAACCACAGAUCACUGGCGUAACACUGGUGCCAGCUCCCCAGGAGUCUCCCGUAUCGAGUAGCGCAGCCGAGACGCUAGAAAAGCGACCCGAGCAGGUGGGCGCCAUAUCCACCAGUCACGAGAGUCCGCGACAGAGUCUAUCGUCGCCCACAGAUUCGGUUGAUUCGGCUAAGAGCACGCCCUCAGCUUCACCCAAACCCCAAACGCAUGUGCCACUGCAGCCGCAGUUGCUGCAGAUGCGUCCGCAUCUCCAGGCGAAUAUUUCCGCUCAAGCGCCCGUCAGUGUGCCCGCCCACGUGCGGGUUAUGCGCCAGCAGCAGGCUCAGAUCAUUCCCGGCCAGCGAUUGCCAGUGGCCAGCAGCAGUGCUGCGAUGGCCACGAUGACCAGGAGCAUAGUGACCUCCACGGCGGGCACGAGUACGAUCACAGGGCGCCCUGUGGCCACCACGUUAACCAACUCGAAUCCCACUGUGGCGCAGCUGCAAUCCAUGGCGAAUGCCAUGAAUGGAGCAGGUGGUGGUGGACAAUUGAUAAUGACUUCUUCGGGUCAACUACUGGUCAUACCGACGGCCAGCAAGCAGGCAACGCAGCAUCAUCGCCCUGGUCAGCCCGGACAAGGUGUCAUCAUCCAGCAACAGCAGCCGGCGGAGUUGCAUCCCCAACCGGGUGGUGGUUAUAUCGUCAGCCAGCCCUCACCGGUGGCAGCGGCUAGCUCUAGCAGCAGCAGCAGCACUGUGAUCUUGAACUCCGGCGGAGCCAAGCUGCUGCACCACCAGAUUAUCACCUCGCAAGCUGGCCAGAUUAAUCAAGCGACUGCAGGAGGAGCAGGAAAUCAGACGCAGACGGUGCUACUCAACACACUGCCCAAUGGCGGUUACAUUGUCCAACAGCAACCGCAAUCGCAGACGCCACAGCAGGCGGAACAGAUCCUGGCGAUGCCACAACCGCCGCCGGCGCAAACACUCAUCAUCAGCUCGCCGGACACGAAGAGAAGAGCGCGGAAGCGCAAAAGCUCUGUAUGCCAUACACCGCCGCCGAGUGGAUCGCCCGCCAAAAUCAUUUCGCCUCAGAUCUCGCCCAGCAUCCCAAGCCAGGCUCCAGCUCUGCUUCACCAGCAGGCAGCUGCAGCGGCAGCUGCUGCACCACAAUUCCAACAGCAAUUCCAAUUGAGUCCUGGCAUUCAGGGCAUCGUGGUAAACAAACCGAAUCCUCCACAGCCUCAGCAGCCACAACAGCUUCUGCUUCAGAACGGUCAAAUCUUGCAACAGGUUAAUCUCAUUGGACAGCAGCUUCUCAUGCCGGCUGGACUGGUGAUGGGACCGGAUGCCACACUGUUACAGAUCCAGAAUAUGCCCUCAACCAGUUUGAUGACGCCGCAGGGUCCCGUGAUGCUGAGAACGCCAUCGCCACAAAACAAGCCCUCCUUCAUUUCCCCGAGUGCCGGGGGACAACAGUACUUAGUGGGCGCCAAUGGACAGUUGAGUCCCAUCGGUCAGAUCUACUCCACGCCCAUGGGUCUGGUCAUGCCAACCGGUCAGCAGGGAGGUGCAUCCUUUGUGCAGGCUAGUCCCACGACAACAACAAUACAGAUCCAGCAGCAGCCAGCCCCGCAGCCCACGCAGAUCAGUUUGCAGCCGGCACAGGCCACCUACAUGACCGAGACGGUGAUGAGUCGCCAGGGAACGGCCGCCAGUCCGCCGGACACAACAACCUGUAGUCCACGCAGUCCGGAGCGACCUUCCAGUCAUCGAAGCAGUGGCAGCGAUAUGGUGCAAUGCGUAUCCAGUUCGGAGCCGGAUGCAGCUGUCUCUCCACAAAGUAGUGAAAGUCGGCAGUCGCCCUCUUCGACGGACUGUGAGAGGAGCAUUUGUAAGAACAAUGUGUUUACCCAGCCCAGUGGGAUCUACAAGCACUCGGAGCCAAAGAUCAGACGCAUCCACAUUACCUCGCAGACGUCGGCGGAGAAUGGAAUUAGCCUGAUGCAGGGACAAGAGUCGCCCACCACAACGCAGCUGCUUACAUCAGUUCCAACUGCUCCACCAACAGUCGAGAAGACGACAAUCAGGACGCCCACGAAACGUUCGCGUCGCCCGCAACGUGGGGCUGCGCGUGCGGCGCCCUCGACGUCCGAUAGAAGUUUCCAGCUGCCACCGCGAUCCUUUGCCAUUGGGGAGCUGAUAUGGGGUCCGGCUCGGGGCCAUCCCGCCUGGCCCGGCAAGAUCGUCAAGAUGCCAGACGGAGUGUGCACGCCGUCGCAGCAGUUCGAUCACGUCUGGGUUCAGUGGUUCGGCGGCGGCGGGCGUUCGACCUCCGAACUGAUUCCGGUCAACUCAUUGCAGAGUCUCUCCGAGGGUCUGGAAGCACAUCACAAGGCCCAGAAGGAUACGAGAAAGAGCCGCAAACUGAACUCGCAGCUCGAGCGGGCCAUACAAGAAGCAAUGACUGAGUUGGAUAACAUUUCAGCCUCCACAACACCCGCAGCCACAUCCUCGUCAUCAGCAACCAUCACUGCUGUUCCCGCAUCAGCAGGACCUGCAGCUGUGAUUGCCGGACAGCAGCAGCAGUAUCAGCAGCAACAACAGCAGCAACAGCAGCAGUCGCCCUCUUCAACGAACAACAAAAUAAAUGGACUCGCGCGGAGCAAGCGGCAGGCGAACACAAGUGGGGCCAGCAUGGUGCUGACCACCAGCACGGCGGCCACAUUGAGUGGCCUCUUCAAUCAGCAGCGAGCCAAACCCAUACGCAUUGCGCCGGCUCCACCGGUGGUCACAACGGGCACGGGAAACAUUGGAACGAUACCAGCAUCUGGAGCAGCAGCAGCACUAGCAGCAUCAUCAGCAGCUUCAGCUGGAACCGGGACCACUUUGGCCCGUUCCGAGAUCCUGAAGCUGGCCAAAUGACCAGCGCUGUCGACGUUGUCGUCGACAGCCAGCUACACCCUCGUUAUCGGGCAUAAGUAGUGGGCGGUAGGAGAUGGCGGAGGAGAUGCCGCCAGGCCAUACAUAUAGCUAUCCAUAUGCGACGAUACGAGUACAUAGAGUUUAGUGUUAGGUGUCAGGCCUCAGCUUUGGAGUUUGUUGUUUUGUAUUCUUUAACAGACUCCCCGCUUAGUUGCGUCGCUGGGCGGCGCGCGCCACACUUUCGAAAUAGACAAUAAUAAAGCAGCAAGAUGAUGUUAAUGAAAAUCAAGUUACAAAGAGCAGUUCUAACAAUUAGCUAUAGGUUUGGCUUCUUAGACAAGCGCCUCGGCGCAAAAUUUGCGUUGUUUUGUAUAUAGUAAGCACCCCAAGCAACAGAUGUUCGUAUUUAAGUAUUUAUUUAUUGCAUAUAGAUUCUUGGUUUCUAUAGGUUUUGUUUUCGUUGCAAUUUAUAGACCUACCAAUUAUUUGUAUAAAUAGGUAACCUAAGCUGAUACUUAGCCACUAAGUUUAAAGAACAUCCACAACAAUUACAUUUGCCUUGUCAAGCAAAUAAUAUCAAAUCAAAAGCAGCUACUGAUUUUCAUUUAUUGUGAUUGCACAAAUUGUUUUUUAAUCUCUAGAAGAACAAAUUAUUUAUGUCAAACACAAACAACAAAAAAUACCAUGAGAAAAUUAGAACGGGUUGAGAUAAAUUAUAUUUAUAAAUUGUUAUUAUUUAUUUAGUUGAAACUAUUGUAAAAUUAUAAUUGUAAAACAAAAAAUGAAAUCACACUUAGCGGAACCACACGGAGCAAAUAAAAAGUAAAAAACAAGAGAAUUAAAUUGUGUUUAGUAUCUCCACUACUCGUUGAUUAAAUGGUAAGGGAAGGAACACUCCUCACAUUGUUUGGCAAAUACCACAAAACUACACAGAAGCAGAAAUGAGAAAAUAC